AUGAAUUCAAUAAGAUGUAUAAUAAGCUUUUUUUGGAUAUUUUUUAGUACUCCAAGUACAACUAUUGGAAGAAAAGCUUUUUUGAAUCCACUUAUUGAGCAAAAGAAGAAGGUAAACUAUGCACUGAUAAAUCCUGAUGGGGAAAUAAAGGAGAUUGUAUAUAAUAAUAUAAAGAAUUUUACUAACACAAAUACUAAAGAAGAGGAUGUUUAUAUUGGGGAUUGGGGUAUCUUAACUAAAAACGAAUCUGAAAUAUCUGAAUCAGCUUUAUUGCAUGAAAUAUAUAAGGAUCUAAUGACAGACCCACAACUGGCUGCGUUUUGCAAUAGUACUAUUUUUAAUUUUAAGGACAGGACACAUAUAUAUAAUCUAUCAUUAUUUUUAGAAAUAAAUAGCCAAAAUAUAUCUGAUCAAGUGGAUUCAAGCUUUAAUGAACCCAAAAAAGGAUACAGUUUUGUAUCUUGGCUAAAGCCAGAAAAUGUAAAGUCAAAAAAGAACUAUAAAAAUUUAAAUCUAAUAGAUUGCGAACUUUUAGAUAGGCCAUACAAAAUAUUAAGUAGUAAAAUUUCAAAUAAAAUUGCAUCAUCAAUUUCCCUACUGUUUCCUAUGUGGAAUUUUACAGAGCAAGACCAGUUUAGUGAUUUAUACAAACAUUUUGGAAGUCCAAUUAUGACUACACAGUAUUUGAAGGAUAUAGAUUUUGAUUCAAUGAGCAACGAAAUAUUACAAGUACUUUACAGUACAAUGAGAACGUUAAACUCAACUGCUUAUACUCUAAAUUCUCAAUUAUAUCAGAAAAGAUAUAGUAAUGAAUGUAAAAAAAUCUUGGGUAGUAAACAAGAAGUUUCUAAUAAAAAAAAUAAUUGGUUUAGUUACUGGUGUAAUAAUUUGAUUAUUCAUAAGACACCCCAAAUUUUGAACAAAAAUUGCCAAUAUUACGGAGAAUGGACACCCUGGAGUAGAUGUAGUAAUUUUUGUGGGUGGGGUAUUCAGACAAGAGGGAGAAGAGUUGAUGAAACUAAAAUUAGUUCAUUAAAUAGAAUGACAAGUGUUAAACUAUUAGAGGAAUAUAAGUUAAUGAAUUGCGAUUCUCAGAUACAAACUCAAGGUUGCAUAUCUGUAGAUGAUUGUUGUGAAUAUGAAGUUCCAUUAGAAAAUAAAUGGGUAAACUGCACCUCGAAUUGUUUCGUAGAAGGAAGUGAAUUCCAAAUUGUAAAUCUUAUAAAGUCCAAGAAUAUAAAUAAUCAAUCAUGUUCAAAAACAAAAAGGAUUUCAAGGAGAUGUUCAAGAUUGGAAGAUCAAGUAUGUAAAAAGUGUGAAUAUUCAGUUUGGAGCUCUUGGUCCACUUGUGUUAUGGAGAACUCAUCCUAUGUACAAUAUAGAGAAAGAAGUAUAUUAACAACUAACUGUACUAACCAUCAGGGUAAAUACAAUCAUAUUAUGAAUCAUCCAAGUAACAAAGAAGUUAGAUUAUGCAGGAAUGCAGAUAUAUUUACUCAUUUGGUUAAAGAGCCUGAGACUAUUGAUAACUUUGAGAAUAUGAGGAAUUCAACUUUAAAUAAUAUUCAAGCAAAACCACUAUUAAUGGGAAUUUUGUCUGAAAAAGAUCUAAUACGAAGUAUACCUCAAAAUCUAUUAGAAAAUGAAGGUUAUAAAGUCGAUGAAUGUAUUUUUGUCGUGGCAGAAUCAUCAUAUUAUGAUAGUACUUUAGGUUCUUGUGUUUGUCCUAAAUAUAUGAAGCCUUGUAUUGGUUAUAGCAUGGAAAAUACUGCAUCAAGAUGGAAACAACAGGUUGAAGAAAUAUGUGAAAGUAUCUCCAACAAAAAAACUAAACAUGGUAAAAAUUUGAUAUUCGGUUUUAAUCGAAAGAGGUUUGAUUGCAAAAGUAAAUCUUGGGUUUCAUAUUCAAUGGAUCCACCUUCUGGUAUAUGUGCAAAUAGUUUCAUUCUUUGUCAACCCUUAGAUUUAUGUGUAGUGUCGGAAUGGACAAAUUGGUCAGGUUGUAGUUCACCAUGUAAAAGUAGCAUAAGACAAUCUUCAAAAGUAAUACGUAGUGAUCAAAAAGUUUAUAAUCCAAUAAUAGUAAUAAAUAGUAAAAGAAGGAGAACACGAGAUAUAUUGCAAGGUAGUUGUAGUAUUUUCACCACAUUGCAACAAGAAAAUUGCAAUGAUUUACCUAUAUGUCCAGAUAUAUAUUUUAAAUUUAAGACAAACAUGGCAAGUUUCCAAUUCAAGGACUUUCUUAAUAACUAUCAAACGAACUUUAAUGAUAGUUUAAGCAUUAACAUAGAUAUAGAUCAUCAAAACUUUACGAAAAAAAUAGAUAAAUCUUUGAAUUACUCAAAUAAAGAAAAAAUAUCGUAUUUAUUCAAUAUUCUGAGUGCUGUUAUCCCAUAUAAUAUUGAAGAUAUCUUACUUGCUCAAAAAAUACUUAGUUCAAAAUGUGAAUUAUUUUCUAAGGAUCAACUAAAUAUAAAUGGUACAGCAAUGACACAUAAUAAUUCGUCCAUUAAUCCAAUUAUAUUUGAUAAGGAAGAGGAUAAAAGCAACGGCUGUAUAUGUCCUAGUGGAUAUAUUCAAUGCAAUUCAGCAGAAUUCUACUUCGGUAUGAAAUCAAACUAUUCCUUAAACUCUGCUAGCAAUUCUAAUAGUACUAUUAAUAAUAAUGGCAAUAAUGAUCAAGAAUACAUAGACUAUUCUUAUAUUGUUGGUGCAUUUAGUGAUUCAAUGUUUUAUAAUCAUGAUGGAACAUUUCAUAAAGUUCCUAACAGUGUCUUUCGAAAUUAUUGCAUCAGAAAAGACUCCCGUACAUUCUGCAGACUGAAACAAAGCAGAGCUAAUUAUGUUAUGUUGAGGGAUUUAUUCAAUACAAAUGUUGCUAUUGAAUAUAUCUUAGAAAAUGCAACCCUUCAUUUGCAAUAA